CUCAGUUCUGAAUGUCACUCACAGGUUAUGACCACUUCCUGGGGAAGCAUGAAAGGACACGCCCAGCCAUCAUUGCAGCCUCUGACACGGAUCAGAGAGGGUCUCACUGCAGUUCUGAUUGAAAUACAUUUUUUUAAGAGACAGCACCAGGAUGCAAGCGGCUACUCCCAUUCUUAUCCAGCACCGUUAGACCAGCCAGCUCUACCUUGCUCCUUCUGGGUGAGUUAACACCACCCCCAGCUCCACUCUAAUGCAAAAGAGUGCCUGGGCCCUAUUUUGGGCAUAGAAUUUAAAGGACCCGCCAUUCCUAAGGGAGAUCCUGCCUCUCUGCAAGGGACAUGGAUGGAGCUGGAACUCUGGGAAAAAGCAGCAGUCGAGACCAUCAGCAACAUGGCACCGGGGCUUCUUUUAAACCUGUGCAGACUCAACACGCGUCAGAGAAAGCCAGUACGAAUGUACGCCGUCACGCGUUGCAGAGACAUAAAGCAGACAUUCCCCCGAUAGACCCCGAGGUGCUCAAGGACUUGGAAGUCCAUACUCAAGAUGUGGCUCUCAAAGUCGAUCAGAUGAUGAAAAGCCUGAAUGGCACGAUCCAGAAUAUGACAGCCCUAAGUGUUGGAUACAUUCAGACCUAUAGAGAUUCAGUGGACAGCCUCGGAGAAUCCGUUGAUAUGAGCAUCAAGGGUAUGUAUACGCUGAUGGCUCGAUGUGAAGAACUGGACAGAUCCAUGCAGCCCAUCCACGCACUCGCUAAACAAAUCCGGGAAAUUAAACGCACUUUGGAGAUAUUCGAAUCACUAUGUAAAUAAUGUUUCAAUAAGUACCUCAUUUUAUUCUAUUUUUUUAACCAUCAUUAAAUCAUUGCUGCAAAUGCA